CUAAUAGUUGUAUUUUUUUUUUUAGAAACUAGUGGACUGGGACAAACCCAUGCUUGGUCAAGUUGCAAAGUUAGGAACAAAAUACUACGAAUGGGUGACGUCACCUGUAGAUAGAAAUCUCCGAUUAUUUGGCAAUCCCAUACUGGAACACCUGACAAUAACGCCGUGGUAUGUCGUACCUUCGGUAUGGAUCCCAAUAAUCAUUUAUUUUGUAAUAAUCGGAACGAACAAAUACGUACAAAUCACUAAAGAUUCCACGCCAAUGGGACCAGUAGCGUUAAGUGUAGUAGAAGGCGUCAUUUUAUGGACCCUCAUUGAAUAUUCCCUCCACAGGUGGGUUUUUCAUAUAGAACCCUCCGGCAAAUCGAAAGCAAUGAUUUAUUUUCAUUUUGUGAUACACGGAUUGCACCACAAAGUUCCUUUCGACCCAAAAAGGUUAGUUUUCCCUCCGUUUCCAGCUGCAAUCAUCGCUUUCACCUUGUAUCAAACGUUAUCCGUGUUGAUACCUGAUUCAAAUAGACUACUGGUCUUAGCAGGGGGAUUGGCAGGUUAUGUGAUCUAUGAUAUGAUUCAUUUUUACCUUCACCAUGGAUCGCCGAAAGAAAAUGGUUACUUUUAUCAUCUGAAAAGGUACCACAAUCAACAUCAUUUUGCACACGAUGAUCUCGGAUUUGGCAUAAGCAGCAUGUUCUGGGACAAAAUUUUUGGAACAGCUUUGAAGCUACGGAAAUUGAAAAUAGGAAUAAAGUGGUGAUUGAAUCGAACAUCAAUUCUUCUUGAGAUAUAAUGCACAGGUCCGGUCUCCGAGCCAACUGAACCCGGUCCUGCGAAAUGUGAGAUGUUACUUUAUUUUCAUGUGUACAUAUUUUUUGCAGCACUUCGUGCCUGUUGUUACUACACUAAGUGUUCUUGAAAAGAGUGAUUUUCUCAUUUAUGUGUUCGUAGUUCAUAUAGGGAUUGCCUUAACUUUACGAAAAGAAUUUAAACAAACCAAAGAAAUUAAUAUUUUUGAGAAUGCGUCCUAUAUUUGAUUCACUUAGACUAGGUAUGAAUUGUACAAUAUCACUUUUUUAAUGAAACGUUUGAAACCA